AAAUCUUCUUCCAUUGCUUCAGCAUUUCCGUUAUUCAAUCUCUCUCGUGUGCACAACGGAGAAAGGGCAGCGAGACGGAGGCGGCCAAGUAGAAGAGCCAAGAAACUGAUGGCGGGAGCCGAGAGCGCGCGGCCGGCGCCUCCGGUGCUGCCGUGGACGGUGCGGCUCCAGGUGCUCGCGCUCGGGGCCGCCUGCGACCUCUCGCAGCGCCGCGACGGCACCGUGAACCGCUUCCUCUUCUCGCUCGUCGACCGCCAGACCCCGGCGAGGCCGCGCCCGGACGCGCUCGGCGUCCGCUCCGCCGACGUCGUUGUCGACGCCGCCAGGAACCUCUGGGCGCGCGUCUUCUCCCCGUCCGUGGGUAAACCCGAGGCGGCGCCGCUCCCGGUCGUCGUGUACUGUCACGGUGGCGGUUUUGCGCUGCUCUCCGCGUCGUCCGCGCCCCUGGACGCCAUGUGUCGCCGCUUCUGCCGCGAGCUGGGCGCCGUGGUCGUCUCCGUCAACUACCGACGCGCGCCCGAGCACCGUCACCCCGCAGCCUACGAUGACUGCGCGGAUGUGCUCAGCUACCUUGGCACCGCGGGCCUCCCUGCCGACAUCGGCGUCCCGGUCGAUCUCUCCCGCUGCUUCCUCGCCGGGGACAGCGCCGGCGGCAACAUCGCUCACCACGUGGCCCACCGAUGGACCUCCUCGGCCGCUGUUGCUUCUGAUAACCCUGUCCGCCUCGCCGGCAUCAUCCUGCUGCAGCCGUACUUCGGCGGCGAGGAGCGCACGGAAGCAGAGCUGAGGCUGGAGGGCGUGGGGCCGGUGGUGAACAUGCGCCGCUCGGAUUGGUCCUGGAAGGCGUUCCUGCCGGAGGGGGCCGAUCGGAACCACCCGGCGGCGCAUGUGACCGGUGAGGCGUGUCCGGAGCCCGAGUUGCCGGAGGAGUUCCCGCCGGCGAUGGUGGUGGUUGGAGGGCUCGACCCGCUGCAGGACUGGCAGCGGCGGUACGCCGCCAUGCUGCAGCGGAAGGGGAAGGCGGUGCAGCUGGUGGAGUUUCCGGACGCCAUCCAUGGCUUCUACAUGUUCCCUAAGCUCCCCGACGCCGGGAAGCUCGUCAACGACGUUAAGAACUUCAUGGAAACCGCCACGUCCGACCAUUAAUCCGCUGUGUAGUCGACUCAGCUCGUAUGCAGCCUCGCCGGCGAGAGCUCCACAAGCGAGUUUGAGAUGAUCGCGGUGCAUGGAACAAAGCUUUUUUACGGAAUUGCUAAUUGUCAGCCGGAUGAAAAUAAUUCGUUUUCAUCUGUUUUUUCAGCCGCGAGAUCUCUGUCCUGAGAUUCGUGUUGGGUUUUUUCCGUUGGCUCAGUCGACUGCUUUUCCUUAUCGGGCCCGCUAAAUUUUCGAGGAGACCCGUUAUUUUCUCCUCUCCGGUGACACCGCCGGUCUUCCCUGUAGCUGCCUUUGUCCCUUCCCUUCUCAUUUCUAGCACGCAACCUUGAGUAGAGCUCAGAGAGAGGGAGAGACGCGGGUGAUCUGGAGCUCCCCUCCCCGCUCGAUUGAGUAGGUUGGUGGUCAGGCGGCCGGUGCUCUCCCACCCAGCUGCAUCGCCGCAGCUCACGCUCGAGGUGCAAAUGCUGAAAUCGAACACCCAGGAUAACUCUGGAGCUCCCUGUUCGUUUGAAUUCUCUUGGUCUCUUUUGUGUGGAUGUAGUGUUAGAUCCCCUGGCCGUUUUAGAUUUUCUCUGAAUUGUGUUAGCACUUUAUAUAGAGAUGCGGGUAGUGUUUAUUGUUGUGUUUCAGUAGGCAGUAAACUUACUAUUCUUGCUCUGUAAUUGUAGCCACAUUUAGGGUUCCAAAUCACAUUAAAGUUACCAAAUUACUUUAUUAUUUAGGUGUUGUAGUUUCAAUUUGGGUUAGUAGUUUCAGUUGUAAAUUUUCACCAAAGUUUUAGUAGAAUACUAUAUCACAGUGCAUGAGCUGUGCAUGUUUACAGUGUAAAUCUCUCUGUAAUUAUACUGUUAUUGGAGUGUAUUUUCACCGUAACUCAGUGGUAUAGUUUGUCUCCGUUUCAGCAUAAUUUCUAUGGAUUAUCAUUGUAAUUACAGUGCAUUAUAAUUUUAUUGUUUAGUGUAAAUCUCUUUUACCCUGUUUAUUAGACUGUAAUCUCCAGAGUAUCUUGCAGUAAGAAAUUUUAUUGCAAUUGCAGUGUAUUUUUCCAUUGUAUCUACGUUGUUAGUUUAAUUUCGGUGUAAUUACCCUAUCUUAUCAAUGAGUAUACACUGUAAAUCGCAGUGGAAUUUUAGUGUAAAUCUCAUUUUGUAAUUACUGUGUAUUUUCCAUUGUAACUAAAUUGGUUAGUGUAAUUUCAGUAUAAUUACCCUAUAUUGUUAGUGAUUAUACACCGUAAAUUGUAGUGGUAUUUAGUGUGAUUGCACUGUAAUUUGGGUGUGAUUUCACUGUAUGUUUAGUGUGAUUAUAGUGUAAUUCCACUGUAAUUUCAGUGUGACUACAUUGUACUUUCAGUGUGAUUACACUGUACUUCCGCUGUAAUUUCAGUGUGAUUACACUGUAAUUUCAGCGUAAUUAUAGUGUACUUCCACUGUAAUUUCAGUGUGAUUACGCUGUAUUUUCAGUGUGAUUACACUGUAUUUUCAAUGCGAUUAUACUGUACUUUCAGUGUGAUUAUAGUGUACUUCCACUGUAUUUUCAGUGUGAUUGCACUGUACUUUCAGUGCGAUUAUAGUGUACUUCCACUGUAAUUUCAGUGUGAUUACACUGUAUUUUCAGUGUGAUUGCACUGUACUUUCAGUGCGAUUAUAGUGUACUUCCACUGUAAUUUCAGUGUGAUUACACUGUACUUUCAGUGUGAUUAAAAUGUAAUUUCAGUGUGAUUACACAGUAAUUUCUGUGUGUGCCCUUGUUGUGUUUCCAUAUUUUAGGUUCGCUAGCUACCUCCCAAUAGUUUGUUAGCCUUCUUAGAUGUUCCUCCCUAGAGUUUUAUUUUCUUUGCUUAUCUGUUUUUGUUGUUGUCUUGCUUUAUGCUAAUCAAGCUUUUGUUUUCUUUUCAGGGUAUUGGAGUGUUGCCUGCUCAUUUUUAUUAGUUCUUUUUUCUAGUUUAUGUAUAAUAUCUCUUGGUAGGCUCCUUAGGGUUUCGUUCAAUGUAAUAUAUAUAUUUAGCUUAGUUGAUGUGAUUUAUUGUAUUUCUUCCGUAUUUGAGUCUUUAUACAUUUUGUAAAUUGCACUUCUAUGGCAGUGUUGUCAGUUGAUCAGUACAUGCCUUCAGUUAUUUGUUUA